AAUCCCUUUUUAUUAUAUUUAUAAAAUAAAAAACCAUUUGUCGGAGUUGUGGAGAUUGUGAGACCCACAGGUUUUUGUUCUUUAAUCUUUGUCCAAUUCUCCCAAAAAAAAAAAAACAAGUCACAAUCUUUGUCCUAAAACUGAAGGGCUUGUUCCAUUCUUCAGCAACAGGCAAGCCAACAGCUGCUCUCCUAUUUUUGAUUUGCUGUUUACAUUUCUUCUCUUCUCCCAUAAAAACAAACCACUUAAGUGUCAUGAUUUAAGACUCAUCUUUCUCUCCUCUUUAUAAUGUUUUAGGUUUGCUUUUCUCUCUUUGUCGUUGAAUAAACUCUUGUGCUUGGUAGGUUGUGCCGUUGAGGUAGAUGGGCCUUGAACUCCACUCUAACAUUUUAAUGGGACUCUAUCUCCUCUUUCAGUGCUCUCUUUGCCCCCAUUUUUUGUGCUGUCUCGCAUUUUAAGUUUUCUUUUUGGCCAUUUUCUUUUUUCUUGUUUUAGGUUUUAAUGCGAAAAAAAUAUAAGUUUUCUCCCUUUUAAGGCCAUGGCAAUUUGUUCUAUGGGGUUUUUGUAUUUUGGUUUUUGAUUUUACACACUGGUUUUGCAGAUUAUCUGGUAAAAAUGUUGGAUUUAUGUGGUAUUCAAAACUUUGGCUGACUGUGGUUUUUGAGGUCUGAGCUCCCUUCACUCUGCAAAAUUUCCAUCUUUUUGAGAUUAUUGAGGUUGCUUGAUCGUUAAGGUUUAGGUCCUUAUAUUUAAGAUUUUCAUUCAAGCUGUGGAAAUUUGAAAAUAUUGGCUCCUUUUUUAAAAAAAAAAUUUUUGGUACAUAAAAGGAUGGUCCUUGUUCAGUAUAGAUCUCUGAGAUCGUUCUCUAGAAAAUGGAAAAUAUUGAAGUGAAGUGAUGGAUGAUAGUGAAAUUUGUGAUUUGUAGUUUAUGUUUGUUGGAUCGAAGAAUGAUGAUUGAGAGAUAGGGCUUGAUUCUGGAGGUGGGUUGUGGUGAAUUUGGUGUUGGCUAAUUGUUGAACGAGGAAAGCAUGGACAGAAUGAUUCAACCUCCAUUGGUUGAUACAACGGCUUGCUUAUGUAGAGUAGAUGCUGGACUCAAAACUGUUGCUGGCGCAAAAAAAUAUGUGCCCCGUACAAAACUCUGUCUCCAACCUGAUAUUAAACCAUCCAUUCAUCCAACAACGAACAAGGGUGCACGCGGUGAUAGGAGCCGUCACCAAUCUCCUUUGCUCCCAGGACUUCCUGAUGAUCUUGCUAUUGCCUGCCUAAUACGUGUCCCACGGGUUGAGCACAGAAAGCUCCGUCUAGUCUGCAAAAGAUGGUGUAGACUUUUGUCUGGUAACUUCUUUUAUUCACUCCGUAAGAGCCUUGGAAUUGCAGAAGAAUGGAUAUAUGUCAUUAAGAGAGAUCGAGAUGGAAAAAUUUCUUGGCAUGCCUUUGAUCCCAUAUACCAGCUCUGGCAGCCACUUCCUCCAGUUCCUAAGGAAUAUUCUGAAGCCCUUGGGUUUGGAUGUGCUGUCCUCAGUGGCUGUCACCUUUAUUUGUUUGGUGGUAAGGAUCCAUUAAAGGGUUCAAUGCGACGAGUCAUAUUUUAUAGUGCCAGGACAAAUAAAUGGCACCGUGCCCCAGAUAUGCUUCGUCGAAGACAUUUCUUUGGUUCUUGUGUUAUAAACAAUUGCUUGUAUGUUGCUGGUGGAGAGAACGAGGGGGUGCAUCGGUCAUUGAGGUCAGCUGAAGUCUAUGAUCCCAACAAGAAUAGAUGGUCUUUUAUUUCAGAUAUGAGCACAGCAAUGGUGCCCUUCAUUGGGGUUGUAUAUGAGGGUAAGUGGUUCUUGAAGGGGCUUGGAUCUCACCGACAAGUGAUGAGUGAGGUCUACCAACCAGAAACUGACAGCUGGUACCCUGUCUAUAAUGGAAUGGUUGCAGGCUGGAGGAACCCGUGUGCUUCCUUAAACAGGAACCUUUAUGCUUUGGACUGCAAGGAUGGUUGUAAGCUAAGGGUUUAUGAUGAAGUGACUGACUCUUGGAGUAAGCAUAUUGACAGUAGGAUACAUUUGGGCAAUUCUCGAGCUUUGGAAGCAGCAGCUCUUGUUCCACUUAAUGGAAAACUUUGCAUCAUUCGAAAUAAUAUGAGUGUAUCUCUGGUUGACGUUUCAAAAUCUGAUGAUCUGAGAGGAGCAGCUGCUGAACAUUUAUGGGAAACUAUAGCAGGGAAGGGUCAGUUCAAGACCUUGCUUACAAAUCUUUGGUCAAGCCUUGCUGGCAGGAACCGGCUGAAAAGCCACAUUGUUCACUGCCAGGUUCUCCAAGCAUAAUGACAGUAAAUUUUUCCAAUAUAGGGUUGGCUCUGUAGUUCACGCCUUUUUGGUAUCUCUUGAAUGUGAUGGGGUUAAGGAUCCAGUAGCUUUCCAGGAUGACGCUUCUCAUGCACGUAAAUCCUUCAUUGUAGGUUCCUAUCAAUGUCAAAGGGUUGGAUAUACCACGAGGUAUGAGGUGGUAUUAAUGGGGAUUUCUGUUUUUGCUAGAUUGUUAGGGUUACAAAUAUUUAUAUAAUACACGGUUGUUACAUGUAGAAAAUUGAAAAGCUCGUUCACUUUGUUCUUUAGCUCUUCAAAUGAUUGCAAACCUGCGACUGCCUCAUUCAUUUUAUCUUUCACCAUUGAGGUUAGUGCAACAAUCCAUCUUUCGUCGUCCCUGUAUGGGUUUGAAAACCUAGAUGUAAACUUAACAGGUAUAAAGGGAGCAGUUGGUGCCUUGAUAGGACAAUGUAGUUAGCACAUAACUGGCUAGGCACAACUAUUGGGAAAGAGUAUGGUUUUGCCAUAUUAAGUAUGAAAUUCAGUCAACUUCAUGAAACAU